AAGCAGAAGCAACAUCAUUUGCACACACCUUGUAGAUUAUGCACCUUAACCCUGACCUUUCAGCUUCAGUUUUUCAAAAGAAGUGUAGGCAAGAUGAAGAAACAUUUGCUUUUCUGGGGAGUCCUGGCCAUUUUUGUUAAUGCUGUUCUUGUGACAGCCCAAGAUGAAGAUGAACAGACUGUUCUUGUUGACAACAAAUGUAAAUGUGCCCGGGUUACUUCCAGGAUUGUCCGUUCUGAAGAAGAUCCUUCUCAGGAAAUUGUGGAGAGAAACAUCCGGAUUAUUGUUCCUCUGAACAACAGGGAGAAUAUCUCUGAUCCAAACUCACCACUGAGAACCAAAUUUGUGUACCAUUUGUCUGACCUCUGUAAAAAAUGUGAUCUUACAGAAGUGGAGCUGGACAAUGAGGUCGUCAUUGCCAGCCAGAGCAAUAUCUGUGAUGAAGACAUUGAGACCUGCUACACUUAUGAUAGAAACAAGUGCUACACAAAUAGGGUGCCACUUAUCUAUGGUGGUAAGACCAUAAUGGUGGAAACUGCUCUUACACCAGAAUCCUGCUAUAUAGACUAAAUUAAAUGUUUGUUGACUGUACAACUCUUUAUGUUGAAAGGCUCUCCAUUUUAUUCCAGAAAGUUAAUAUAUUUACUAGCAAGGAAUUUAAAACCAUGUUUUUUUGAUAAUGUAAAACUAACUUUCUUCUCCAAAUAAUUGAAAUUUUAACAUUAUUAUUAUGUUUAUUAGAUAAUUACUUCUCAACUGUAUGUUUAAACUCUAAAUGUUUAAGUCUCUCACUUAUGCUUGCCUAAAAGUAUAUGCCGCCUUAAAAAUAUGAUUUCUACCAGAAAAAAAAUAGACAAGAGGAGAAAAUAAAGUUCAAGAAAUGAAAAUCAGGAGCCCUAAUAAGUUUUUAAAUUUUGCCUUUUUUUUUUUUUUGUUCUUUUUGGCUUUGCUUUGGAGAGCCUGAGCUUUUACACAUUCUAUACUGUUCUUUUAAAAAAAUUAUCCUUGUGCUGAGAAAAUUUAAUUGUAAACAAAGUUAAUUAUAUGUCUUCAUUAGAAAAAUAAUAAUUGGAAAGCAUAUUUUGGAGUUAUUUAUAAAAAUAAAGCAGGAGCUCUAAUACUUAUGAAACCAAUUAGCUGAAAGUAAUACAGUUAAAUGAAAAAGUGAAAAAUAUGUUUUGACUUAAACAUACACUUGGCAUUAGGUGAUACAGAUUUUUCAUUUUUUUGGUAAAAAUUUAUUUUUCAUACUUAGGUUAGAGUAAGAAAUUUCCAUCAGAAUUAUCCAUUUUGUGACUGGAUCUAAUGAAAUAUGUAUUCCAAAAUAUGUAUUCUCUAGCACAGUUUUAACAAUUAAAUAGAUUCCUAAGCAUA